GCGCGCUGAUUUGUACAAGCUGGCGCGCGCUUGUUUUCAGCACCAUGGAGAGCAACACCUGCUUAACAAGAAGGACUAAAAACACGAAGAAUUGUACUGUUCCGUUUUCAUGCAUUGGUUUGGUUCGAGAAUAUGUUGCUAUGCACGGUGCAGCCCCGGAAAAACACGAUGACAUCAGCUGCAGCUUAUGUGGUUAAAGUGACGUAAAGACUGAUGACAGCAUUGUUAUGUCCAUGUCCAAAGUGUGAGAAACAAUCAUCGACUUGUUCGCAGACACUGUGCCACAGAGGAUAUUGGUCCUGAAGGUCCACCCUGCUGUUGUUGUUUUACGUCACGUAAACGCUGCUCAGUGGAGAGCUAUAUCUUCGUUUCUGCGCUGAUAUGUGCUCACAGAAAACUACUAAAGUUCAAUCAAACAGGUGUGGGAAUGAUUCCAUCAAGUGUUUGUUUCUCCUCACACUUGACUGAAGGUGUGUGAUCGACAUUGUAAGUGUCAUGUUUAUUUCCGAUUGGGCGGCUGGUUGGACGUAUGUCAGACAUAUGCGCGCCGUGGGCGGGUGUCGACGUGUUUGUAAAAAAAGGAAAAAGGCGGAGGCGAGUGCAGCGGCUCAGUGUGUGGAUACGCGCAGAUAGGUGAUGGUAAGAAGAGACGUGAGUGGCGUCGGCCGCAGCUUCCCAAAGCUGUAGGCUUUGGCUGGGAGAGGCUUGGCACACCUCUGCCUCUCUGGACCCAAAACCACCUGUAUGGAUGAUCAGAACUACAGUGUGAUCCAUACGCUUUCACCUGCCAGGAGCACGGGCAACAACACCACAGAGAGUCGGGGUUAUGAGGUGGAGAGGGGCGUCAUGACGGUGGAAAACAUGCUGGAGGACACCGCCGUCCUCUCGGCGCCUCACCUGUCCGUGGAUCGAUACGAGCGCAGCCGCCAGGGAUGCUGCGAGCGCGUGGUGAUCAACAUUUCGGGUUUACGCUUCGAGACGCAACUGAAAACUUUCAACCAGUUUCCAGAAACGCUGCUGGGGGAUCCGAGGAAAAGGAUGCGCUACUUUGACCCACUGAGGAACGAGUACUUCUUUGACAGGAACAGACCCAGCUUUGAUGCCAUCCUAUACUACUACCAGUCAGGGGGGCGCAUACGGAGACCUGUUAACGUCCCCAUUGAUAUUUUCUCUGAGGAAAUCCGCUUCUAUCAGCUCGGGGAGGAGGCCAUGGAGAAAUUCCGCGACGAUGAAGGGUUUAUAAAAGAAGAGGAGCGCGUGCUGCCCAAACAUGAGUUCCAAAAGGAGGUUUGGCUUUUAUUUGAGUAUCCUGAGAGCUCGGGGCCAGCUCGGGGGAUCGCGAUCGUUUCAGUGCUUGUUAUUUUGAUUUCCAUUGUGAUUUUCUGCAUUGAGACUCUUCCCGAGUUCAGGGAUGAUAGGGACCAAGCCACAGUGGCACCCACGGUAAAUGGCACGGCCCCCCACGUGCCAAACCCGUUCACAGACCCCUUCUUCGUCAUAGAGACUCUGUGCAUCAUUUGGUUCUCUUUCGAGUUGCUGGUUCGGUUCUUCGCCUGCCCCAGCAAAACUACCUUUUCCAAAAACAUCAUGAAUAUCAUUGAUAUCGUGGCCAUCAUCCCCUACUUUAUCACUCUGGGGACCGAGCUGGCCGAGACGCAGACCAACAGUGGGCAGCAGGCCAUGUCUCUCGCCAUCCUGAGGGUGAUCAGGCUGGUGAGGGUCUUCCGCAUCUUUAAGUUGUCACGACACUCAAAGGGACUUCAGAUUUUGGGUCAGACACUCAAAGCGAGCAUGAGGGAGCUCGGCUUGCUCAUAUUUUUCCUCUUCAUCGGAGUUAUCCUCUUCUCAAGCGCGGUUUACUUUGCAGAAGCGGACGACCCCACGUCCAGCUUCACCAGCAUCCCAGACGCGUUUUGGUGGGCAGUGGUCACCAUGACUACAGUGGGAUACGGGGACAUGCAUCCGGUGACCAUCGGGGGUAAAGUAGUGGGGUCUCUGUGCGCAAUAGCAGGCGUGUUGACCAUCGCCUUACCCGUGCCAGUGAUUGUGUCCAACUUCAACUACUUCUACCACAGGGAGACGGACGGAGAGGAGCACCCGCAGUACGUGCACACGGACAGCUGUGAGCACCUCCCCGCUGAGGAGCUGAGGAGGUCGUGCAGCUCCUCGUCUCUCAGCAAGUCCGAGUACAUGGUGAUAGAGGAGGGCAUCAACAGCGCGUUCAAACAGCCCAACUUCAGCACCGAGAACAACCAAAACUGCGUGAACAUCAAAAAGAUCUUCACAGACGUGUAGCCGAAAAUGAGCCACACACAGGAUCAUUUGUGGAGCAUGAAGACAUAAUAGCUAUAAUAUUAUUUUUAUAUAUAACCAAUCGUUACGUGUCAGUCCAUAUCUGUGGGUGAGCGCUGCGUAAAAUGUCCAUUUUAACAAGCUUUGUCGUUCAAUUUAAUAAUGAGGAAUUCAGAUUCUACUUGUUUCCAGUGUACAUUCACGUGUUUGGAGUAUUUCUCACAAGUAUUCAUAUGACUUAUAAAAACAUUUGCACUGGAAACGUGUUGUCAAGAAAUUAAAAAGUUAUUGUCUUGUUAAAACCGACAUUUUUUUUUGCAGUUUCUAGCCUAAUGCCACUCGAUGCCUACAUAUCUUUAUGUAUUUAUGUAAAUGCGGAAGUUGUUGAUGUUUAUGAUUGGGAUAUACACGUGUAGCAUAGUCUAUAUUUGCAUUUACCCGCCAGUCUUAAAAAACGACGUCUUGUGCUUCGUGCAGAGAAAAUAAGUUUAAAUGUCCAGUAACGUAAUAAAUAAUAAACUAUAGUAACUUAAAUAGCCCAAAAAGUCUGUUAAGGUUAUUAAAUAUCAUAACCUGUCCACAUGUCGGACUCUGAGUCUUGUGCAGCUUGUUAUUCAGGUAAUAACACUAUACGUGGUGUCGAUGGAAACGCUUAUCAUGAACAAUAAGUCGAGCUUUUCAUAAAAUUGUAUUUUUUACUCACAACUGCCUAUAUUAAAUAAACCAGAAAUGAGAAGGUC